AACACAGCGGACUCCGCAACUUGCCCAGUGCGGCGCGGCUUUUGUUAUUUUCGUUAAUGGGCAAUUAUCUGGAUUUUCGGUCCAGUUCUGUCUCUAAAGAAAGGGAUAAACAACCACCUCCAUUGAAUAUUCCGUACAAGCAAUCUGGGGUUCUCAGCGUAGAUCCUCGUUCUCCUAGCGAGGGAAUAGUUAGAACCCCAAUUCAGAUCGACAAGGGCGACCCACGUUCACCGUCUGCUGGAGUUGUUCGUACCCCGUUAGGAUUUUCUACUAAAUUAACUGAUGGGGACGCAAGUACUCUUUUCUUGGAAAGCUUCGAAACUCUUGAUGGAGUUUUGACCGAGGAUGACUCUAUUCACCGUGGUGACACGGAAGGUGACAAAGCAUCAUCACUGUCAGAUACUGAAGUAACAAACAGUCUUAAAAACAGACGUGAGUCGGGUUUUCAUUUUGGGCCAACAGUUGUACUAUGUCAAGUAAGAACGAACUGAGUGUGAUUUUGGGGAAAUCUAAGUUUUCCAAAAUCUGGAAAUUCUUCCCCAACGUCCCCAAAAUUCUUUAAUAGUUUAUAUUACGUUUAGAGUAUUCGUUCCUGUACAAAAUGUGUUUUGUGCUAUCACAUGAUGCACGAAGUGAUCCAUAUAUUUUUAGUGAUUAUCUUCCUGACAACUUUCGAAGCAAGUGUUGUAACUUUUCUCUACUUACUCAUCGUGGUCGGUAAUGAAGUCGAAUAAGUCUGAAAGCACUGCAUUUUUUUUCUUACCUUAGGUCUUUCAUUAUGCUUCUGUAGUUUAAAUAUGAACGUAAUAGUUUCAAGAUUUGUCGUUCAACACUAACUUGUUAAAUAAUAUUCAGAGUAAAUCAGCGUAAAUUAUUUGUUGGUUAACCCAGCUUGUUUAUUCGCAAUAAAUGCACGAAAAGUUAGACACAGUAAUGACGUAGACGAUGUAUUUUAUAAUUUUUAGUGUGGUGCAAAAAAUAAAGUUGACAGUAACAGUACACAGCCUACAUUUCUAUACGUGGUAUAUUAGUGUUUACUGACAAAGUGUUUCCGUUUAAGAAGAAAAGUAGCAGCAAUCAUAGCUUACCAGACUGUCUUCAGUGCCUGUUGCUCUUACUUCAAACUAACUCGUUACUUUCGCAGAAGGGUUCGAUGCUACAGCCAGUUGAUGUAGAUGUGCUGCCUCUAACUAGUAGUAAAUGUAAGCACUGAUUUUAACUUAAAAAAUGGCUGUUACUUAUUUGGAUUUUGUAGAAAUGUAUGCUUGUUUCUCUUGAAGUAUAGCAACCUGUCACGUUUGAUAUUUAAGAAACUGGUUAGUUUGCAACCGCUUAGUAGUCUAGACAAGUACACAACAUAGCAAUACCUUUUUCCUUUCAUUUUUUCCUUUUCAUAAACUGUCACCUAUAUGAAGAAACUUCAGUGUAAACAUUCGGCUUGUGUAACUUCAACUCUAUUCUGUAGUCAGUAUUCAUUAUAUCCCGAUAAAUUCCACCAGGAUGUGAAUUGUAUGUUGUAGUGUCAAGUAUUUUUGGGCGACCUCUUGUCAAAUGGAAUUGGACUUGGUUGUAUACAGUUUAACUAGCCGUGUCAUUUCAUUAUACGCCCGUAUGCUGAAAUCAUAAGCGUCCUACCAAUCUCCUUUAGUUAUUCACUAUCGUCUUAAUUAUCUUGAUUACAUUAGCAGCAUUCCACUCUCUAGUCUCUCUAUUAUUGUCGUGCAUUAAACUGUACAUUUGAACUUUAGUAAGCUGUUUCAAGUUGGAUCAUGUUUGGAAUUGUUAAAAAAUCUAACUCAUGAAAAGUGCCAUAGUCUAUUUUUUGUGAAUGCGUUUUAUAAUGACUCUUCCCGGUAUCCAACAGUCAUGAGGUCAGAAAGCCAGCCUAUGUUUGCUUUUAUAAAAUUGCAUUUCCACCAUGGAUAAAAUUUUAUCCAUAGUGAAGUUACACUCUAUCACAGUGCCCAGGUUUUAUCCUUAAAUCAAAAUUACAUUUCAGUUUCUGUUUAUUUUAUUCUCCGUGUCAUUAUUUCCUUCCCAAAGCGGAAUUGAAUAAGUUAGCUGCUUUGAAAUCUUAUUUUUGCUUAUUUUCUUAAUGUUGAUAUUAUUGAAGUAUUUAACUGGAACAUACAAUAUUUUAUACUUUCAAGCACAUGAACGUGGAUCAAAUCAUCAGGUCAGACUUUCUUGGUUAGAGAAACGUAUGAAACGCAAAUCUCUGAAUGAUUCACCUGGUUUGUUUGUUAGAUUUCGAUGUAAACAAAACUAUGAAAAACAUAAAAUGCAACAACAAGAUUGCGGAGAUAGUGUAGGUCAUUCAACAGAAAGUCCAAAAUAAAACAUUGAAGUUUUAUGACAUACAAGAAUCUUGUACUGUAUGAUAAAUUUGAAUUCAAGCUUUCGUCUUUCUAAGAAUUGCUUCUCUGGGAAUCACCCCUUAUGUAAUGUACAUAAAAAGACAUUUCUGUCUAUCACUUUUUCUUUUCGCAAUGUAUAAUUUGUAUCUUGUGCCUCUUUUUUCUGCUACAUAUCAAUUAAGCUAUUAUAAUAGACCUACUGUAAACUUUAACUUAUUUUCUUGAUAUGCUUUCUGCAAAUAGAUUGUUGAUAUUUCUUGAUUUCAUUCUCAUCUUACUGUGUUAAUGUUUUCUCAUGUGCAGAUUUCCACAGGGUUGUCAGAUGGUAUUUCAUAUGACAAUACUUAUUUUUUUCGUCAUAAUGGCCUUCACAAGAUUGGUCUCUUAAUUGUAACUUGGUUAUUUGAGGUCCACAUCCUCAAGACGCGCUUCUUUAAUUUUGUUUAUAACACUUGAUACUUAGCCACUUAAGUGUAUAUGUAGGAGAUUAAAAUAUUCGAGUCUUUAGUAA